ACAUCAACACGAUCAUUGCAUUAAUAUUGGAGUCAGUGUCAUCAUUCAGGUCUAACAGAUCGGUUUGCAUCUGAGUUCAUUAACACUAUAGUUACUGCAGCGAGUUAGGUAAUAAAAGACAAAGAAUGGGUACAGAAGGAGGUGUUUCCAUGUUCAUCACGGACAUGAUGAAUGUAGACGCUGAAGAUAAACCGAACAACACUCAAGAACUUUUUAUGCUUGAAGAUUACAACCAGCGUAUCGCUAUUUCAAUAAUCAUGAUCAUCAUCACUAUCGUUGGAAUUGUCGGCAACACUCUGGUCAUCGUAGCCGUCAUCCUAUCCCGAAAACUGCGAUCAUCAACCAAUUGGUUCAUCGUCAACUUGGCCUUGGCCGAUUUCUUAACAUGUCUCAUGUUACCAUUUAAUGCAGUUGCCAUGUUGAGUCGUUCUGGUUGGCCACUUCCCAACUGGAUCUGUGCCACCUGUGCCGCGGUGUUUUACAUCUGUCUUGGUACCAGCGUCAUGACGUUAGCCCUCAUUGCCUACAAUCGUUGGUAUCUCCUGACGCAACCCAUUGUGAAGUUCAUGAAGCUCUACGAACCACCGAAAGUCUUUGUAAUGUUGCUUGCUGCUUGGAUGUAUCCAUCGCUAUUGGUUCUAGUGCCUUAUUUCGCUGGGCUGGGAAUAUUGGGAUACUCCAAGGAAUACAAGACAUGUUCACAAGAUACGUCACUCCCGACCUCGGAUAUAUACAGUUUAACUGCAGGGGCGUGUGUGAUCUUUCCAAUCUUUAUCAUUAUCGUUGCCAUCUACAUUCGAAUCUACAUCUUCGUAUCCAGGCAAUCGUCAGCUAUGGCCAAGACUCGUCGCAAUGAAGACAUCACUUUGGAGAUUAGUUCUUCGAAGAUUUCCUCGACAAAAACUACCAAUACAUCGGAUACAACCGAACAAGCUGGACCAAAUGUGGGAACGGUUUCAGAGUACACAAUUAAAAGCUCCGAAAAGGGUGCAAAUGACGUAGCAACUGGAAACUUGUCAAAGAGUAAACAUCAGCCUCGUUGGUCUGUCAAGAGUUUCAAUCCGAGAGCUUCAAACCCUUCAAUUAGAAAAAGUGAUGGAGGCAAAUCUCAACGGCGCGUCAACAAAUACCAUGUAACUGUCACCAAACGUUUAGCCAUUGUUGUCCUGGCAUUCUUCCUCUGCAUGCUUCCUUUUGGUAUCAAUGUUGUUCUUCCUGGCAGCGCCGACAUGGCUGUUCCUUGGACUGCGUUACUCACGACCGUCAACAGUUGCAUCAAUCCUCUGAUCUACGCCAGGACAAUGCCGGAGUUUCGUAAGGUGAUGUGGCCCAUUAUCCGGUGUCGCUUUCAAGAAAUUCCGGAGCCACUUGCUUGCAUUCGUCGUCAACGAUUUUAGGAAAGCAUGAUGGCAUUGUCAAAAAAGUUGAAUAACACGAAGUGGCCUAUCUUGCCUACAAUCAAAAUAAGUUACUUCACUGCCGAACGAUACGUAUAAACAUUAAGAAAACACAUAUCGGCAACCCACCAAAUAUGACAUAAGGGAAAAAAGAAGCAAGUCACAACAAUUUUAUUUGCUGUAAAGAAAACAAAAGCACUCCACCAUUAAUGUGAACUUUUAAACUCAACUCACCCACGCACUACUCUCAUUAUGGUUAUACAGUGCGUAUAAAAAAAAAAGUUUACACUUAAAAAAAAUCCUGUAAAAUUAUACAUUUGUAAUAUCCUGAAGAUUUUUCCACAUUUUAACAUUGGUACAGAUUCAUUUAAGCAAAUGACGGUAUAACUGUCGAAAAAUAUUUCUGCUUGAGUGAGCACCACUUACUUUUGAAAAGUUAGUGAAAAAUGAUUUGCGCAGAACUUUGAAAUAGUUAUGGUUUUAACUUGUUCCCUUGCUCAAAACACUAUGAAGAGUGCAUUGUGCCCCAUCCCACUCCCCCACACACCGAGGCCAUCGUGACGAUAGUUGAUUUACACUGAGCUGUGAUUUACAUGAAAUGGCUUAGGCUUGAUUUUCAUUUUGUUAAUCAUUGUCAAGCUUGGGAAAAGUGUGGAGAAAUAAGUAUUAAAUGAAAGAUGAAAUGUAAACCCACUUUAAAUGAUAAAAAUUAUGUGAAAAAAUGCUGGAGAUGUCUGAUAUAAACUUUUGUUCAGAUUCAGUUAUGUCCUCAGAUCCAGCUGGCACAAAAAAGGUUGUGCUUACUAAGUGUUGAAAUUUCAAUUUGGGUGGCAAAAUUGUUGCAAAAUGCUUGAAUGUAUACGUUUUAUUUCAAUUGACUAAAAGUGCAAGGGAAAUAUAUGAGAAAUGUUUCGCGAGGUAAGUUUGAUUUCGCCCUUUCCCCUUGACACAGCGUAAAAACGAGCAUUUCUGCGCAAACAGAUUUCUGCGAGCUUUACAAAAAUGGACAGUGCUCACUCAAGUGUAACAUUCUGUCAAAACUUUUACUUCCAUUGGAUAGAUGAGACCCAAACCCAAGAUUAAAUGUGAAAAAUUACCCACAUGUUGUAUAUUUUUUAAUUCCCAGGGCAUUUUCAAAGUGUAAACUUAUUUUUGAUACGAACUAUAGUGUAUACUGUAUAGCCCCUAUGGAUAAAUGACAUAUUUUAUUCAUUUCGCAAAUAUCCGUAAAAAUCCGUAAAACCCAAAGUAGAGGAAUAAAAGCAAUAUAGAUAUAUGAAGCUGCUUGCUAUUGUUUAACUCGUAUCGUCUAAUAUCCAAGAACCACAAGACGAUGAAACCUACUUUUUGGCUGAAAAAAGGCUAUAAAAAUUGGUAAAUUUAGGUAAAAUCACCUUUUAACUAUACAAAUAAUGGUUUAAAAGUACAAAUUUUAAGAAAAACAAAUUGCCUGCCCCCCAAAAACCAGAGAAAAAACCACCAAAUAAAGAAUUUGUGGCCAAAAAUGUGAUUUGGGGGAGUUUUGGCGGCCAUUUUGGAUUUUGGCCCGGCACACUUUUUUUUCGGACCCGAGAAAAAAAUAUUGUCAUUUCAUGUUGAGAUACAUUACAAGGAAUAAAAAAAAAACUGUUGCCAUAAUUAAAAGACGAAAAAAAAGUAUUUUUGACCCAUGUAUAGCCCACUCCUAGUUAUAUGUGAAAUCAUUUUCUGAAUAUUAUGUCUAAAUCUAUCACAGGAUGAGAUUUUCAUUUUAAAGAGAUCAAAUGUUUACUAGCUCACUAUCGCUACUCGAUGUCCGAUUCAAAUAUUUGGAUAGGUAUGUGAUGUAAGAGGACCUAAUUGUGAUGAUACUGAGAGCUGCACAUUGCCAGGCAUGUUACCCGGGCUUUAGCAUCAAUGCUCUGGUCCCCCCCCCCCCUCCAUUUAACACAUUCCACUGGCGUGUGGAUGGGGGGCAAGGACCCCCCAAAAAAAAAUCAUGAUUAAGG